AUGACACUGAAAGCAUCUGACAACCAAGAAGUAAUUGCUGCUCUUCCAGUUCCUUCCUUGAUGCAAGUAGAGCCUGAAGAAAUGGUUACUUCUAAAGCAGCAGUAGAGAUGGAAACAACAAUUGUAUCUUCACACAUAACAAAUGCUGCAGCAGCAGUACCUAAUGCACUUCAUCUACAGGAUUCAACAGUAGCAGAAGAUGAAGCAACAUCCACAUCUCCACAGUCACCAGUUGCCACAACAGCACCUGCAGCAGCAUUAGCAGUAGCAGCAGCACCCAUCACACUUCAUCAGCAAGAUUCAACAGCAGCAAAAGAAGAAGCAACAACCACAUCUCCACAGUUACCAGAUGCCACAACAGUGCCUCCACACACCAUAACAGCAGUUCCAUCAAUUCCUGUAAUAGCAGCCUCACCUGCAAUAUCAUCACAAGGAGGGAAGAGUAGGCAUACAACAGUAGAUGUGCUACCACUCCAAGUGAACAAUUUUUUAGUAAAAGGCAACAGGACAGGAGGCAGAAAUCCAAAAGAUAAGCCUUGUAAAAGGUUUUAA